GGACCCGACCAUGGUGCAGGGCAGGAAGGCCUGCUACUCCUCUGAGCAGUCCUUCAUGAGGGACUAUAAGAUGAUGAUGACCCUUGGCCAGGGACACUUUUCCUUGGUAAAACUGGCCUUGCACGUUCCUACUGUAACCUGUGUGGCUAUAAAAGUGCUUAGAAAUGAGAAGAAGAAGAACGCCUCACUUGUUGCCAGAGAAGUGAAGAUCAUGAAAUCUCUAAAACACCCGAACAUUAUUGAAUUGUUUCACGUGUUCCGAUCAAGAUACACCGCUUUCUUGGUUAUGGAGCACGCACCAAAGGGAGAUCUUUUUGGACACAUUGUGGAUCGGGGGUCCUUAGAGGAGAGCGAGGUGCGGAGGCUCUUUACCCAGAUACUCCUUGCAGUGGAGUACUGCCAUAGCAACCAUAUUGCCCAUAGGGACAUUAACGCCAAUAACAUCCUACUGGACAGCUCUGGUAACGCCAAACUCUGUGAUUUUGGCCUUGCAGCCAAAGUGUCCCCAGGGCAGUUGCUGAAAGACUUCUGUGGCACUCCAGUCUACUGUGCCCCAGAACUGUUUGCAGAGGAGCCCUAUGAUGGGUACGCCAUUGAUGUGUGGAGUCUAGGCGUGCUCCUCUUCCUCAUGGUGGUUGGGCGCUUUCCCUUCCGGGGCAGCUCUUAUGACGGUGUGAGGCUUCGGAUCCUUGCUGCAAACUUCAGCAUUCCUCAGCACGUUUCCACCGAUAUUUUCAAUGUCAUCGUUGAAAUGCUGAUGAUCAACCCGGGCAGGAGGCCCCCUGUGGACCAAAUCAUGAGGCGCCCCAUGAUCAGGGACAGUAAGGUGCGUUGUCCUCCUACUUCCACACAGAGACUCCCGGGCACCCUGAGCACUAGCAUUGUCAGCAACAUGACGGCCAUGGGGUAUAAGUCUGAGGAAACGAUUGAUUCUCUUAGAGAACAAAACUACAACCAGGGGAUGGCCACUUACCCUCUCCAAAACCAGUCUCCUGCGGGAGAUUGCUACCAUCACCAGUUGAGAGCCAUGCAGCCAGGCCUUGUCCUUAACCUGACAGAUCUUCACACCUUCCCUGUGCCCCUAAGGAGAGCUACUGAGCCUGCUCGCAUGGCCUUCUCCUUGUCAUCCAAUCCUCAGGAGAGAGAGCAUGAGAAGAAUACCAGGCAGGUUGGCACAAGGCAUAGCAUGCCUGCCACUCUGUUCCGACACUCAGAGAGGCCUCAAUCUCCCCACCUAGACUACCCGAACAGGCGUCCUGCUCUUUUCCUCAUGUACAGUAGGGAAGAAAUGAGCGAGAGUUCCUCUCAGUCAAUGAUCUGGUCAAGCGGCUGCCUUAUGGACAGUAUCCACUCAUCAUCGGUGCCAAUGUACACUGAUUAUUCUUGGCCAGACCACAAUGAGACCACAGGUGACACAGGCAGCCUACCUUCGGGGAGGUACCAUGAGGAACUGGGGAUGACACAACAAGAAGACAUUAGUGAGGAAGUACAUAUCACACAGGAAGAGGCCAUGAAUGAGGAAGGUACCAUCACGCAAGAAACAACCAUAACCCAGGAAGUGUCCAUCACAGAGGAAGUGACUAUAACCCACCAAGAAGCCACCACAAAAGAAGCAACCAUAGCCCAGGAAGAGGACAUGACACGUGAAGUGACCAUGACUCAGGAUGGGAAUCUCACAGAAGAAAUAACCAUGGUCAAUGGAGCGACCAUGUCUCACAUUGAGGAAGAGACCAUCGUGAAGCAUGAGGACAUCCUUCAGGAAGCAACUGUCACCCUGGAAGUGAGGAGGACCCAGGCCGUGACCAUGACUCAGGAUGACACCGUCACAGAGGAGGAGGCCAUCACCCAUGGCCAGCCUGAGGUUGCCGGCCAGGCUUCCUCACAAAACCGGAGGCGCCACAGGUGGAAGAGCUUCAAGAAAACAAUGGUGAACUGCCUCAGACACCUGUGCUGCUGCCUGCCACCUGCCAGGAGAAGCGGAGACUCCUUCGAGAACCUGGCUCCAAAGAAACGGGAUCCUGCAGUCACCCACAGAACCAGUCCUGAAGAGGUCAAGACGCAUGUUCGUGGCUUGUGA